AUGAUGAGGGUAGUAUACCCUGGUGAGCAGCAUCUGAUGGUACUGAUCUUGGAGACGGAUGAGAGUACCCAGACUAGGUGUGUCCAGAGUGUCAGGAAACCCUUCCUUCAUGUGCGUGUCACCCUCACUCUCCAGGUCCUUGCUAUAGCCAUGAACACUACAUCUCCUGCGGCACCCUCCUCACCAGGUGUCAGUUUCAUCUCUCUGCUGGUCAUCAUCGUACUGUCAGUGGCGCUGGCUGUAGGGCUUCCUGGCAACAGCUUUGUGGUGUGGAGCAUCCUGGCAAAGCUGCCGAAGCGCUCUGUCACUGCCCUGAUGGUGCUGCACUUGGCCCUGGCCGACCUGGCCGUCUUGCUCACUGCCCCCUUUUUCCUCCACUCUGUGGCCCAAGGCACCUGGACUUUCGGAACCUCCGGCUGCCGCCUGUUCCACUAUGUCUGUGGAGUCAGCAUGUAUGCCAGCGUCCUGCUUAUCACGGCCAUGAGUCUGGACCGCUCGCUGGCGGUGGCCCUGCCCUUUGUGUCCCAGAAGCUGCGCACCAAGGCAGUGGCCUGGCGGGUGCUGGCCGGCAUCUGGGUAGUGUCUGUUCUGCUGGCCACUCCCGUCCUCUUGUACCGCACGGUGUACUUGCGACCGGACAAUAGGAGCCUGAUCUGCUUCCCGACGUACCCCAGCGAAAGACAUCGGGCCUUCCAUCUGUUCUUCGAGGUGAUCACCGGCUUCCUGCUGCCCUUCCUGGUCGUGGUGGCCAGCUACUGCGACAUCGGGCGCAGGUUGCGGGCCCGGCGCUUCCGCCGCAGCCGCCGCACCGGCCGCCUGGUGGCGCUCAUCAUCCUGGCCUUCGCCGCCUUCUGGCUGCCCUACCACGUGGUGAACCUGGCCGAGGGGUUCCGCGCCGCAGCGGGCAAGGCCGUGGGUUCCGGACCGGUGGGUAAUCGGCUGCUCCUGGCCCGCCACGUGCUCAUCACGGUGGCCUUCCUGAGCAGCAGCGUGAACCCCGUGCUGUACGCGUGCGCCGGGGGCGGCCUGUUGCGCUCGGCCGGCAUGGGCUUCGUCGCCAAGCUGUUGGAGGGCACCGGCUCCGAGGCGUCCAGCAGCCGUCGCGGGGGCACCCUGGCCCAGACGGUGAGGGGCACCCCCGCCUCUCCUGAGCCUGACCCCGCCGAGAGCCUCACUGCCUCCACCAACCCUCUGGAGUGAAGCGAACUCAACUAGGCCUGCUGGCUGGCCGCAGUGCAAAGACCCUAGCUUGGGGGAAUGCCCUCCCCACUGGCCUGACCCAAUUUUUGACCAUCCCCCUCCUUCCCCCAGGAAGAGAACGCUGGUGGGAGAGUGGGGCGGAAGCGGGGGAGGGGCACAAGUCAGGGCUGAAUGGGAACCGGGUCCCCACCGGCAGCCUUAGAAUUAAAACUGAAGUCUGAAACUGGG